CGACCACAACACGAAACCUCGUUCGAGAGACUCCCCCACUUCAUUCACUUCAUCUUCGUUCCUCGGAGAAUUCCCAUGUCGCAUUCUGUUUCUCUCUCCUUCUUGUCUUCUCUCUCUAGCUAGCCAUCUCCAUUACAGACGCUCCCAAGAAGGAUUCUACACUUGCCAUCUUUUGUUAGAAUUGGUCUUCGCGCCAUACGCAACAGGGUUGACAUGGCCGUGCUUGAUCGUAUGGUUGGAUUUCCCGAAUUCAGAGUCCCGGCGAUCGUGCCAAACGUUCGUGGGUUUGCAUCCGAACCGGCGACGCCAGUGUUCGAGGAUAAGGUUUACGUUGCGGUCGGGAAGGAUUCGAGAGAGAACAGAGCGAAGCUUGUUUGGACGGUGCAUCAAUCAGGAGGCAACGUAAAGAUCUGCAUCGUUCACGUUCUAGUUCCUUCGCAGAGGAUCCCCAUGGGAGGUCUAGGUGCCGGAAUCCCUGCGAGCUCGGUGAACGAGAUAGUGUUGAGAGGACACAGAGAAAACGAGAGGAUAAACAUGCAUAAAAUCUUGGAUAACAGCCUCCUUGUUUGUAAAGAAAUGGGGGUACGAGCAGAGAAAGAGUAUAUAGAAUCGGACAGCGCUGAAAAGGGAAUUGUGGAGCUCAUACGUUUGCAUGGGAUAAGAAAGCUUGUAAUGGGUGCAGCGGAGGACAGACGCUAUUUCAAGAGGAUGACAGAACUCAAGUCCAGGAAAGCCAUCUUCGUUCGCAAUGAAGCGGACAUUUCUUGUCAAAUUAGGUUUAUCUGCGAUGGGCACCUCAUUCUCACAAGGGAAGCUCGGGAGGUUCAAUCCGUUGCACCAUUGCCGACGACUCCGACCCCUGGAGCCGGAAAGUCAGUUCUCUUGAAAUCACAAUCCGCCACACUGCAGAGGAGUGCUACGGCGAAGUUGAGCAAUCCAUUUCAAGACAUUCUGAAAAGAGCGUUCUCGGAUCGACGUGCAACGAUGCCGAUAGCUUCUCCUCCUUCCCCAGAGAGCACUCCUUCAGUGCAGCCUAGUGCGGUGAGCAUGCCGGAGAGGCAAGACAUUUUCCAAGAACGUGAAUCGUUUUCAACGAGUCUUUUCCAUUGUCCGCAGUGGAAUCAGUCGGUCUAUCAUACAGGCCGUUCAUCACUUACCAACACUCUGGGUGUGAAUGAAAACGAUGGGCGAGAAGUAGAUAUCAUCGAAGAUAGGCAAAAGGAUCCCAGGAAGAUGAAGUAUCUACAGAGAUUAUAUGCUGAGAAGUUGGAGGAAGAACUUGAGAAGGUCAAGAAUCAGCUAGACAAAGUGAUGGAAGAACUCCACAUUGCCCAGGAUCAGAAAUCUCAACUUGAGAACCAAUUCGUUGAGACCGACCAGAGCAGAAAAGAGUUGGAGAUGAAAAUCAUCAUGACCGAGGAAAUGUUGAGGACUUAUAGACAAGAGCGAGAGCUGUUGCAGAUCGACCUCGACAACGCGCUCCAAAAGGCCGAGGAGGUGAGCAGAAGACAAGGAGAUUCCUCGGGCACAAGGUACUUCUCUGAGUUCUCUAUGACCGAAAUCAAGGAAGCUGUGCGGAACUUUGAGCCGUCCUUGAAGAUUGGAGAAGGCGCUUCCGGGAUCGUGUAUAGAGGUUUCCUUCGACUUACGCCGGUAGCUAUAAAGAUGAUGAAAUUUCAUAGCAUGCAGGAUUCACAACAAUUUCAACAGGAAGUGGAUGUGUUGAGCAAGGUGAGGCAUCCUAAUCUCAUCACGCUCAUAGGCGCUUGUCCGGAGCCCUGGACUCUUGUUUACGAAUAUUUUCCCAAUGGAAGCCUCGAAGACUGGCUCCACAACAGCAACAGAGCGAAGCAACUGUCGUGGCGAGCCCGGAUACGCAUCGCUAUGGAGCUCUGCUCCGUCCUAGCCUUCCUCCACUCUUGCAAGCCUCACAGCAUCGUCCACGGAGACGUCAAACCGGGGAACAUCUUACUUGAUGCGCACCUCGUGUGUAAGCUCAGCGAUUUUGGCAUCUGCCGACUGCUGUCGCGUGGCGAGCGGUCAAGCAACGACACCACAGUCCUGUACCCGACUGACCUGAAAGGGACACUCGGGUACUUGGACCCCGAAUUCCUCGUCACGCGAGAGCUUACGACAAAGUUUGAUGUUUAUUCUUUCGGGAUUAUACUGCUGGAGCUAUUGACUAGGAGGCCCGUUCUAGGACUAGUGAACGAAGUGCAAAAGGCAAUCAAUGCAGGGACUUUGAAGGCCAUCUUGGAUCCUUUGGCUGGAGAGUGGCCCUAUAUGCUGGCCAAGGAGUUGACUCAUUUGGCUUUGAGGUGCUGCGAGAUAAGCAGAAGGAAUAGGCCGGAUCUCCGGUCAGACGUGUGGACAGUGCUGCAAUCGAUCGGAGCUUCCUGUCGGUAAACCUAGCCUUCCAAAUACCGGGUCGUGUGUGGCAGUUGUCAGCGAGUACCGGCUCGUUUGUGUGUAUAUUUGUACAUAUUUUUUGUUA